UGGGCAGGCUGGUCGUUAAAGCGUUUCACUUUAGGACCCUCCUCUCAACUACGGCGCUUUUCGCCCGUUGUUCUCGUUUAAACGUGAGGCCGUUCUGAAGAAGUCGAGUCUGUCUUGUCCCCCUUCCCGGUCUUUCGAUGUUCCAAGACCUAUUUUAAAGGGACUGUAUCGCUUGCAUGCUAUUGGGACUCGUACGUUUAUUGAAUUGUAUUAUUUUCUUAUUAUUUAUCAACGUUAUAUUAACGGCUUCGGCCAUGGCAGCGAGCGCGAAGCGAAAGCAGGAGGAAAAGCACCUUAAGAUACUGAGGGAAAUGACGAGUUUGGCGCCCAACCGAAAGUGUUUCGACUGCGACCAACGCGGCCCGACUUACGCCAACAUGACAGUGGGAUCUUUCGUGUGCACGUCCUGCUCAGGCAUCCUACGAGGCCUCAAUCCCCCCCACAGAGUGAAGUCCAUAUCCAUGACGACCUUUAUGCAACAGGAAAUAGAAUUUCUACAGAAGCACGGAAAUGAGGUAUGCAAACAGAUAUGGCUCGGUCUCUAUGACGACAGAACCUUGGCUAUCCCUGACUUCAGAGAACCUCAGAAAGUCAAAGAGUUUCUUCAGGACAAGUACGAGAAAAAGAGAUGGUAUGUUCCUCCAGAACAGGCUAAGACAGUGGCAUCAGUUCAUGCGUCUAUAUCUGGUUCGUCUGCUAGCAGCACCAGUAGCACCCCAGAGGUUCGACCUCUCAAAACUUUACUGGGGGAGUCAGUGCCCAGUUUACACCUCAACAAAAACACACCCAGCCAGUCUCCGGUUGUGUCGCGCACUCAGCUGACCCAACAGCAGAAUCAGGACAGGAAGUUCGAUCUGCUCCGCGAUCUGGGUGGCGACAUUUUCGCACCUCCGCACUCGCAGUCCACAGGCAACACAAACUUUGCCAACUUCGCACAUUUCAACAGUCAUUCGGCACAGAAUGCUAACGCGAACGCAGACUUUGCGAAUUUCGAUGCGUUCAAAAGUUCUUCUGCUUCAACUGCAGCGACAUUUCAAACAGCACCACAGGCCCCAUUUCUGCCCACACAAACAGUGUACAACGCUCUCCCAUUUAGUCGCAGUGUGGGCGAAUUUACCUCAUCGCUGCCUCCACUGGCCAUGCACAGUAGCUCGUCCGGACUAGCUAAUGCCAAUUUUGCGAACUUCGAUAACUUCCCCAAGUCGUGUAGUGCAGAUUUCGCCUCAUUUAGCUCAAACCAGAGUAACUCAGUGGGGGAGGGGCAUAAAGCGGAAGCAGCCAGUGUCCCUGCAGACCGAUACGCAGCCCUCGCAGACCUUGACAACAUAUUCAGCUCUACCAAAUCUGAGCCAGGUGCGAAUUCUGCCCCUCCGUCUGCAGGUGUGGGUCCAUCCCCUCCACAGGCCUCUCAGCUGGGCGGCGACCGUUACGCUGCUCUAGCUCAACUGGAGAACGUCUUCAGCACCUCAGCGUCAAACAUCAGCGGCUACAACACUGCCACCACAGCACAAGGAUCUGUGUUUGGAUCCUCAAUAGUUCCUCCAGCACAAACACAACAGGGUAUUCCCAGCAUGCCUCAAGGUUUUGCAGGCCUGUCAACCAAUCCAUUUGUCGCUCCAGUGGCUUCACAAGCUGCUCCCACUAAUCCAUUUCAGACCAAUGGGAGAGCAGCAGCACCAGGAGUGGGUGUGGCAGCAGCAGGCAUGUUAGGACCCAUGCAGGGUGAGGUUUACCCUGCGGCCCUCUUUGCCGCUUUUGGUCCGCCAUCCAUGAGCAUGCCGACAGGGUUUGGAAACACUGCUGCUUACAAUCUUCCCACCAGCUUCAGCGGAAACUUCCAGCAGCCGUUCCCUGGACAGCCCUUUACCCAGCCACACGCAUAUUCACAACAACCCAACGGAGGUUUUGCUGCAUUUGGUCAGGGUAAGGUCACUCCGUUUGGACAGAACAUGACGGCACCUGGAGUAACCAACAAUCCCUUCGUGGCAGGAGCACCAUCAGCUCAGUUUCCUGCUGGAGGAACCUCCACAAACCCUUUCUUAUAGCGCGCCAUUCUCCUCUGCUCCUCCAGGGGGCAGCAUGCAAAUUGUUUGCACCUCACUGUUUUGUUUCCCUAAGUAGCUUUAAAAUUAUAAUUUCUUUUCUAAGAGCAAAAUACUGAAAAAAAAACAUAUAUAUGGCAAUGUCCAUACCAACAGAAAACAAAACAUGUUGUAGGAGUGUGCAGAGAGAAGGAGCUUAUUUGUUUUCCGUGCUCCUUUGUUGUUCCUGUGAACUGGCCUGGAAAUCGUCUGCUUAAAGUGGCAGAUAACUAAGUUAUUACAAACGUCCCGUUCACAUUGAUGCUGCAAUCUUGUAUAUAAUUAUUUCAUACAAAUUGCAAUUGUAGGUCUUUGUGCAUAUCAGUAUUUGUAUCUUUAACAUGCACACAUACACACACAUACAUAUGCUGCAUAUAUGGCGCUGAUGUCAGCCAUGCUGUGAAUAACGUUUUACGUUAAAUAAGAAUGUUGAAUUCCUUUUUGACAUCAUAAUGACACCUUUUUACGCUUUGAAGUUUUUAAAAACAAGGCAAGGAAAGAAUAUUGUUUUUACCCCCGUUAUGACGAGUUUAAAACAAAAGACUUUUGGAUGUCAAGCCCUCCUGAACUCUCACCUGGCCAGGUGUUAACACGGGACUCUGAUUCAAGACCACUUACGUUACAGAAAUUUAAGUUAAUGUGUGUGUAUAUAUAUAAAUAAAUUAUAUAUAUAUACAAUAUAUAUUAAAAUGAAUUUUACC